AUGUUGAGAUACUCUGACCCUCAACACCUUGCAGUGCUUCUGAUACGUGGGGCCAUUGAACGGCUGGUCUUUCUACUCGAAACCGCGUCGAGAGAGGUGCAGGCAAGAGCUUGCCAUGCGCUUCAACGUGUAGCCUGCGCCAGCACGAGAGGCAUGCAGGCGCUGCUGGUGUGCGAGCCGCUACCUGCUCUCAAGGAGAUGAUGGAAAGUGAGGAUCCAGCAGUGCAGCUGGAGGGAACCGUGCUGGUUGCAAACACCAUUGCAUUCGGAGGACCUCAUGUGGAAGAGGUCUUGAAAAUAGGUUGCGUGCCGUUGCUUUUGGAAUGCCUGCGUGGUCGAGAGGAGACCUACCCAGAGACGAGACGUGCAGCAGCAAGGGGUCUUUGCGCGCUUAACAAGCGCGCCCCACAGCCAGAGUUGUGGGAGGCGCCCAUGGUUGCAGCCGUUUUGGGGGCAUUGCCUUCCGAUGCCAGCGCGUUGGACUUCUUGGUUUCUGUUCUGCGGCUCACGCCCGGAGACCUUUCGCAGAAACUCCGAGAGGCGGCUUGCGCAUUCUUAGAGAACUGUGGCUUGGAUGACAGCUUGCAGGGGCAGGUGCAGGAAGCUCUCCUCCUUUUGCAGGAGACGCAGGGCGAGAGGGCAUGA